GAACUACAAUUAAAAUAAAACUGCGGAGGGAGCAGAAAGCCUGGGUGACUAGUGAAGCUAUGUCGAUUGUUGUGGAUGUUAAUGUAGUAUCAGAUUCAGAUAUGAUAGCUAGAGAUGUAAAUCUGGGUGGGAGUUCGAGUACUAGCCCUCAAGAUGACAAUAUCUAUGAGAGAUUGAAGAAGGCGGCUCAAGAUGACAAUAUCUAUGAGAGACAAUAUAGAAAGACUCUACGAGUGCAAACUCAUUUUGCCAUGGAAUUAAUGACCCUUAAACCGUCGCUUGCUUCCAAACUAAACGUGUCAGGUUUUAGCCCAAUUCAUUUAGCUCUGCUAAACAACCACAUUCGAAUGGUGAGAGGCUUAGUCAGCAUCAAGGGAAGAGGAAGGAUUACUCCUUUGCAUCAUGUGGCUGGAAUAGGCGAUGCAGAGUUGUUAAACGAGUUCUUGUUGGCUUGUCCUAUUGAGAUAUGGAAUUCGAUGAUCUUAUUGAGAGAGGCA